AUGCCCGACUCCGACGCCACGCUCGCGGCCGCCAGUAUGCCCGACGCGCCCGACGCUGAAGUCAUGCCCGAGGCCGCCGACAUUCUCGACCCGGACGUCGUGCCCGAGGCCACCGCCAUGCCCGAGGCCGCCGACAUGCUGGACACCCCCGCCAUGCCCGCCACUGGCAUGCCCGACUCCGACGCCACGCUCGCGGCCGCCAGUAUGCCCGACGCGCCCGACGCUGAAGUCAUGCCCGAGGCCGCCGACAUUCUCGACCCGGACGUCGUGCCCGAGGCCACCGCCAUGCCCGAGGCCGCCGACAUGCUGGACACCCCCGCCAUGCCCGCCAUGCCCGAGGCGACCAACAUGCCCGACUCCGACACCACACCCGAGGCCACCGACAUGCCUGAUGCCCCGGCCAUGCCUGUUUCCCGAGGCCUCCGCCAUGCCCGACUCCGAAGCCGUGCCCGAGGCCGCCGACAUGCUCGACACCCCCGCCAUGCCUGUUUCCCGAGGCCGUCGACAUGCCCGAUGCUCCCGACAUGCCUGUUGCCCGAGGCCGCCGCCAUGCCCGAAACGGACGCCGUGCCCGAGGCGACCGCCAUGGCCGACACGGACGACAUGCCCGAGGAUCCCAUCAUGCCCGACUCGACUACCCCGUGUAUGGCCCUGGUUAACCCACCAAGGAUGCUACGCCCGCGGUCCCCUACAUGCCCGGCACCGCCUACAUCCCGGCGGCUCUUAAUAUGCCUGGGAUGGACGGCACGCUCGCCGACCUCGACAUGUCUGACUUGA